CUCAAAAGCGAGAGCAAAAAAAAAAAAGUUAACGAAGAAGACGAAAGAGAGAAAGAGUUUUUUUUUUUUUCUAGGUUUUUGAUUUUCAAUGGCGACGACGACGGGACAUGAGAGAUCAAAGAUUCUUAUCAAUUUCUCGUUACCGAAGUUAUGGGGGACUCAACGACAUCUAAGGUGUGUGAAGGGUGAUGAUUCCGACGGUGGUGGUGGUUCUAGCUCCGGCGGUGAUCAACGAAUCCGUCGCCGUUCUUCGAAUUUCGAAUUCGAUCAUCAGACUCGACGAUUGAUGGUUGAAUCAUCGGAGAAAGAAGGAAUCGAAGAGUUUAGAGAGAAGAUUAUGUUAGAUCUUAGAAACGUUGCUGAUAAGAUAACGGAAUCGAUAUUUAGGGAACAAGUUCCCGGCGAAGAAGGAGAAGAAGACGAUAAAGUGAUGGAGAGGGAGGAUUCUCCGCCGGAGAGAGAGGUAUCACCGCCGUCACCGCCGGAAGCGACGGGAGCAACGGUGGAGGUACGGCCGUGGAAUUUGAGAAAGAGAAGAGCAGCUUGUAAAGCUCCGAUUUCGGGAAUCGAUUCGGGAUUAGUGAUUGAAGAGAAUAAACGAGUGAAUUCGUCGAUUUUAGGAAACGAAUUGAGGAAAGAUCGGAGUAGAUUGUACUAUACGUUGUCGAAGAAGGAGAUUGAAGAAGAUUAUAUGAAGAUGACGGGACAAAAACCACCGCGUAGACCGAAGAAACGAUCAAGAAACGUUCAAAAACAGAUCGAUUUGUUGAAUUUUGGUUCUUAUAUAACUGAAAUCACUGAAGAUCUUUACAAUGUUCCAGACCAAGCUGAGAAGGGAAAGAGAUGAUGAUAUUGAUGGAUUGGAGACUUGGAGUGCUUGAAGUUUGUGAAUUGCACAAUUUUGCUUCUUUUUAAAAUUAUUCUUUGUUAGUUUUGGGGUUUCUAAUGUUCAUUGGCUGAGAAUAACCUGUACAAAGAUAUGGGACAAAAGUAGUUCUGUUUCAUUGGAACUUCAUUGGAACAUACUCUUCAUUGUAAAGAAAAGCCAAUAUUAAUCAAUAAUAGGAUUUAACAUUUUUUUAUCAAAUCUUCUUGCCUUAUGUGAUCAUGAUCCAAGCUUAUAGAUUUUAGACUGUUGUUGUUGUGUGUCAUCUUUCAUUCCUCUUAUCAUCUGCUUAUUGAUGAUUGAAUUACCACAACCGGGUUAUCUAUGAUCGAUUACUAACCUUCCGCGGGAUUCACUAUGAUAAUGUGUUAAGACUUUGUGUGUUUAGCAGUCAUGAUUCUUUGUGUUUGGGUGCAUUGUAUAUUAGAAGGUUCAGUCAUCUUUGGCGAAAGCGUGUGUAUAUGGUCAAUGAAACGCAAUGUCAAUA